AUUGAAAUGUUAAGUAAAUUAACAAGAAUUUCUCGAUUUAGACCUUUUUUUGAGUUUUAUAAUUAGAAGCCACCAUCAGGUAAUUGUAAUUAUGAAGGAAGGAUUACUUAAGUAAUAAGAAGAACAUCCAGAAUAGAAAAUAGAAAAUUCUAAGAAGGAAAAAAAUAAAAAAGAAAAUUGGUAAAUAAAAAAGUAAGAAGAGAAAAUUGAAAGGGAAACAAAAUAAGAUCUUUCUUUCAAACAAGCUAAUUAAUAAUAAUAAAAAACAAAUGAGAGAAAUUAAUAAGAAUAAUUUAAAUUUUCAAAGAGAAAGAAUCAAAAUAAUGUUGGAUAUGUAUUAAAUAAAUAAUAAAAUAGCCAAAUGAUCCAUUUUUGUAAUAUUUGUAUAUAUUUUUGACAUCUGUACCUUUAGCUUAUUUAAUAUAUAAAGUUUAUGAAGAAGGAGAAAAUCUUAUAUAAUUCAAUGAAUUUAAAAAAAAUUAUUUAGAGAAAUAAUUAGUGUAUUGUAUAGAAAUAUAGAAGGAUAAUGAUGAGUAUUGUAGUAAAGGUUUUUUUCUUAUUUAAUUUUUUAGGCUUAUCAUUACAUAAUCUAUAAAAAUACAAUGAUGCAAUUAAUUGCUAUGAUAAGGCAAUAUAAAUAGAUCCUAACAAUGGCCUUGCUUAUUAUUAUAAAGGUUUAUUUUUUAUUUAAUUUUAAUAGGCUUAUCAUUACAUAAACUAUAAAAAUACAAUGAUGCAAUUAAUUGCUAUAAUAAAGCAAUACAAAUAGAUCCUAACAAUGCCGUUGCUUAUUAUUGUAAAGGUUUAUUUUUUAUUAAUUUUAAUAGGCUUAUCAUUACAUAAUCUAUAAAAAUACAAUGAUGCAAUUAAUUGCUAUGAUAAGGCAAUAUAAAUAGAUCCUAACAAUGGCCUUGCUUAUUAAAAUAAAGGUUUAUUUUUUAUUUAAUUUUAAUAGGCAAUUCAUUACUUUUUCUAUAAAAAUACGAUGAUGCAAUUAAUUGCUAUAAUAAGGCAAUACAAAUAGAUCCUAACAAUGCUGUUGCCUAUAAUAAUAAAGGUUUAUUUCUAUUUAGUAUUAAUAGGCGAUACAUUAUAUAAACUAUAAAAAUACAAUGAUGCAAUUCAUUGCUUUAAUAAGGCAAUACAAAUAAAUCCUAAUUUUUUCGUUGCCUAAAAUAAUAAAGGUUUGUUUCCUAUUUAAUUUUAAUAGGCUAAACAUUAUAUAAACUAUAAAAAUACAAUGAUGCAAUUCAUUGCUUUAAUAAGGCAAUACAAAUAAAUCCUAAUUUUUUCGUUGCCUAUAAUAAUAAAGGUUUGUUUCCUAUUUUAUUUUAAUAGGCUAAACAUUAGAUGUGUUAUAACAAUACAAUGAUGCAAUUGAUUGCUAUAAUAAAGCAAUACAAAUAUAUCCUUACAAUGCCAUUACUUAUUAUUAUAAAGGUUUAUUUUUUAUUAAUUUUAAUAGGCUUAUCAUUACAUAAUCUAUAAAAAUAUAAUGAUGCAAUUAAUUGCUAUAAUAAAGCCAUACAAAUAGAUCCUAACAAUGCCAUUGUCUAUAUUAAUAAAGGUUUAUUUGGUUAUUUAAUUUUAAUAGGCUUAACAUUAGAUGUGUUAUAGCAAUACAAUGAUGCAAUUAAUUGCUAUGAUAAGGCAAUACAAAUAAAUCCUUAUAAUGCCUCCUCCUAUGGCACUAAAGGUUCUUUUCUUAUUUAAUUUUUUAGGCUUAUCAUUACAUAAUCUAUAAAAAUAUAAUGAUGCAAUUAAUUGCUAUGAUAAGGCAAUACAAAUAAAUCCUAAUGAUGCCUCCUCCUAUUGCAGUAAAGGUUUAUUUCUUAUUUAAAUUUAAUAGGCUUAACAUUAGAUGUGUUAUAACGAUACAAUGAUGCAAUUAAUUGCUUUGAUAAGGCAAUCCAAAUAGAUCCUAACUGUGUCAUUGCUUAUUAUAAUAAAGGUUUAUUUCUUAUUUAAUUUUAUAGGCUUAAUAUUACAUCAUCUAUAAAAAUAUACCGAUGCAAUUAAUUGCUAUGAUAAGGCAAUAAAAAUAAAUCCUAAUAAUGCCCGUGCCUAUCUUGGUAAAGGUUUAUUUAUUAUUUAAUUUUCUAGGCACAUCAUUACAUAAUCUAUAAAAAUACAAUGAUGCAAUUAAUUACUAUGAUAAGGCAAUACAAAUAAAUCCUAAAGAUUUCCUUGCCUAUUCUAGUAAAGGUUUAUUUCUUAUUUAAUUUUAAAGGCUUAUCAUUACAUCAUCUAUAAAAAUAUACUGAUGCAAUUAAUUGUUAUGAUAAGGCAAUACAAUUAUAUCCUUAUGAUGCCUCAUCCUUUAAUAUUAAAGGUUUAUUUAUUUCUGAUUUAAUUUUUAAUAGGUUAUUCAUUAGAAUGCCUUAAUAAUUACGAUGAAGCCUUAAAAAAUUAUGACUAGUCUCUAAUAAUUGACUCAGCAAAUACUGUUACCUAUAAACACAAAGGUAAUUUUAAAUUAUUUAUAAAAGGUUAUUUAUUAACGAAGAUGAAAAAGUACAAAGAAGCUAUUAAAGUAUAUGAGCAAGCAAUACAGAAUUGCAAAACAGAUUAGAAUGAAUUCAAAAAACUAAUUGAGGAAAUUAAAAAUAAUAAAUGA